AUGGGACGUGCAUCCAAUACACUUGACGUUGACUCGAUCGAAUUCUCGUUCUUCUCUUUUGAUGUGAAGAGUGAAGGGUGGACAAUGGGGCGCUUCAGUGGCAAACAGCUACUGGUGUUGUUGGUAAUCAUUUCAACCAUCGUGCUAUGCUAUCGUAGCUAUCAAAGGAGGAUAGGGCCUUCUACUGUCCAAAAUCCAAAUGGGGUACUGCAGUCCUCUCAGUCCGUUGAAGGACGUCUGUUUAUGGAUUCUGGAGAAAGUGUUGGAGAAGCACAGGUUCGGUCGAAGGAAACUCACACCAUUAUUAAACCUAAAAAAUUGAAGAAAGCCUUGUUGGAUGCAGCCUCUAUGGUAGUUUUAGCCACCCGGGCCAAGGAAGUUGCCCCCCUGCCCACUUUACCCAGAGCUCAUCAUGUUGAAGCUGCCACCACGGAGCAAAUCGAGGUCCAUGCACGCAGAACAAGACCCAUCCUUGCUACUACCAAGCCGGCUCCUGCCAAGCUGGUGGAACCCGCAUCCAAAACGGGUGGAGCACAGUCCGCCGCAAAACCGAGUGCGAAAGGCAAUGAAGACACGGAGAAACUUCAGUUUGUCAAGAAGAUGAUCAAACAUGCCUGGGAUAGCUAUGAGAAGCAUGCAUGGGGCUACAAUGAACUCUCCGCUACGGGAAAGUCUGGUUCGGACGGCCAGGGAAUGUUUGGCAAUUCUCAUAUUGGUGCCAGCUUGGUGGAUGCACUGGAUACUUUGUACAUUGCUGGCUUCAUGGACGAGUACAAACGUGGUCGCAAGUGGGUCAAAGAGCAUCUAGAUUACAACAAAGUGGUUGGCAGUACCGUGUCGAUGUUUGAGAUGAACAUUCGCUUCGUUGGAGCAUGUCUGUCAAUGUAUGCCUUGACUGGCGACCAGCUGUACAAAGAGAAGGCCAAGGACUUGGUGGACCGCUUCAUGCCUGCAUUCCGCUCAUCUGGCCUGGCUCAUAACUGGAUUGUACUCAACGGAUAUAGUAAAGCACGGGAUGACAGUGGACCAUGUUUUGUUAUUGCUGAGCCGGGCACUCUGCACUUGGAGUUUGCUUAUCUCAGCACCAUCACUGGUGACAAUCGCUACCUUAAACAGGUGGAGAAGGUGCGUGAUGCCCUGACAUCAUCCAGCAUGUCAGGAAGUCUGCCCGGUCUCAUCUCAUCUGAAAUCAAUACGGACAGCGGCACACCGUGUAAAAGUGAACUGUCAUUGGAUGGUGGCAGUGACAGCUAUUAUGAGUAUCUGAUCAAAUCCUAUCUUCAGAGUGGAAAGACCGAUGCCCGUGCUCUGCGACUCUUCAAUGACUUGGUCAAGAGUGUUGACUCAAAGAUGAUGGGGAAGGUGACGAAAGGUGGAAAGACGUACCGCUUCCUUGGCCGCACGUCCGGUGGAGGUGGUUACUUGGAUACUCGCAUGGGUCAUCUGGCCUGUUUCAGUGGUGGUAUGUUUGCACUGGGAGCCAAGCACAGCAGUCAACAAGACAUGUCAAUGCGGCUGGGCGAGGACAUCACAGAGGCUUGCCGUCAGAUGUAUCACAACACAGCUACCAAGAUUGGAGCGGACGAGGUUUCGUUCAGACAGGGUAACGUUGAUCAAGGCCCGCUCUUCUCUCUUUCCAGCCAGGUGUACUUGCUACGGCCAGAGGUGGUGGAGAGCUACUUUGUACUGUGGAGAACUACCAAGGAUCCCAAGUAUCGUCAAUGGGCCUGGGAGGCUGCACAGGCGAUUGAAAAGUACUGCCGCGUGGACGGUGGCUACACUGACUUGGCCAAUGUCGACCAGGUGCCGCCACAUCCCAACAGUGGAAUGCAGCAAUCGUUCUUCUUGGCGGAAACACUCAAGUAUCUCUAUCUGAUAUUUACUGAUGAUGAUGUGCUGCCACUGGACAAGUGGGUCUUCAACACAGAGGCUCAUCCAUUCCCUAUCAAGGGUGCGUUUGAUAGUGAUUCUAAUCUGCCACUCCACUCCAAGACGGCGUAGUAAGUUCCGAUUUGCUGCAAGAUGCCAGAGAUGAGGUGACCUGGAACCUGAUGAUUAGGUGACCUGGGAUCAGGUGAUUAGGUGACCUGGAAUCAGGUGAUUGGAAGUGCUUCAGCCUGUUUAGCUUGUGCUUUUAAGAACUCUAGUGGCAACAACAACAACAACAACAACAACAACAACAACAACGAAGACGACAACAACAGUUUUGAAACAACAACAACAAAAACAGCAGCAGCCUGGCAGUACAGCAUUGUACAAGCUACAGAGCCGGUAUUGUGCUGGUGCUGGUGCUGGUGGUGAGUAUUGCAGAUGUAGUUCUGAUGAUUCCCACAGUGCUGGCUGGCUCCAGGGCAUUUGCCACUUGUGAGCAAGCGCUGUUCACCACCAUGCCUCUCACCCUACACACGUCUAUAUUCAAUUGCCAUUAUUAGCUGUUGACAAUUGAACAAGCUCGGCAAUUUCAUGUAGCACGUGGCAGCGAAACAGGCUGCAUUCUGUUGCCACUGUGGCUUUGGCGAGCCAUCAACCAUCCAUACCAAGCGUGUGUAUGAUGUGUAAAGUGGGGAGCUAGAGAUUUCAAUUUUCCAUUUGUAGUACUAGCGAAUCUUAUUCGUUCGUAUCACCUAUUUUGAUGUCACCGAGUGACGCCCACAUUGAAUACAGAUCAUUUUAUUAUACCAUUAUUGCAAUUUUAUCUUCAUGGUUUUUCUUUUCUUUUUCUUUUUCUAAUUAUGCUUUUAACUCUGACUGCAAAUAAGAAAACAGCUUUUCUUACACGCUU